UAUACCGGAUGACAACCUUGGGUUUCAAUUUUGUUCGUAUAUAAACAUCUUUCAUUUUUUUGGUAUUAGAGGAUAACAGUCGUAAAGAUGAGAGAAGAUCCUGUAAAUUUUUCAUCGGAUGAUAACGCUCCUUUAUUUCAUACUGUUAUUGCCAGUCAAUAUAAUGUAAAUAAUAUUAUUAAUGAUGACAACAUUACUGAUGUCAGUGAUGAAUCAAUAGAACAUAACGAAGGAAGCAGAACCAGAAUAACAGCUUCACUUUGCGAUCCAUCACAUUGUCUUCAUCGAUAUUCUCUCCUGUUUUUUAUGUGUUUUCUUGGAUUUGGAAGCUAUUUUUGUUUUGAUAACCCAGGAGCCCUUCAAGAACAAAUUAUUAAUGAUAUGGACAUAACUACCUCACAGUUUGCCCAGUUAUACUCAUGGUAUUCAUGGCCAAAUGUCAUCUUGAGUUUUUGUGGUGGCUUUCUUAUUGACAAAGUGUUUGGAAUUCGUUUAGGUGCAAUUAUAUUCAGCUUGUGUAUUUUAGGAGGUCAAGUAGUAUUUGCUCUUGGUGGUCUUGUGGAUAAGUUCUGGGUAAUGGAAGCAGGAAGAUUUAUAUUUGGUAUAGGAGGAGAAUCACUAGCAGUAGCCCAGAACACUUAUGCUGUCAGCUGGUUUAAAGGGAAAGAACUGAGUAUGGUGUUUGGUCUCCAACUGAGUUUUGCUCGUGUUGGAAGUUCAGUUAACUUUGCAGUAAUGUUUCCCAUCUAUGAAUUGGUCAGUAAGAGUUAUGAGGGAUACAAAUGUCUAGGCAUUGUACUGUUUAUUG